GCCGACGUUCCUACUCUCUACCGCCAUACCCCUCUAGUCCUCUCCCGGCGCAAGCCAUGCUGCGGCUCGUUUCGUCGGCCUCCAAGCCCUCGGCGGCGGGCGUGCUCGCCAAGGUCGCCCCCUCCGCGUCGACUCGCCCAAGUCGUAGGACGUUCUCUUCGACGCCGGCGAAGAGGGCAGACAUCACUCUUACUGUCGAUGGAAAGGAAGUGACGGUCCCCCAAGGCUCUGCACUCAUCCAGGCUUGCGAGGCUGCGGGUGCAACAAUACCAAGAUUUUGUUACCAUGACCGACUAGCUAUCGCUGGUAACUGCCGUAUGUGUUUGGUUGAGGUUGAGCGAUCCCCAAAACCUGUCGCCUCUUGUGCCAUGCCUGCCAUGCCUGGCGCUAAGGUAUGGACGAACACUCCUUUGGUCCAUGAAGCUCGCGAGGGUGUCAUGGAAUUCUUGCUAUCCAACCAUCCACUCGACUGCCCCAUCUGUGAUCAGGGUGGCGAGUGUGAUCUCCAGGACCAGUCCAUGCGUUACGGUGCCGACCGAACACGGUUCCACGAGAUUGCGGGGAAGCGCGCCGUCGAGGACAAGGACAUGGGCCCUCUCGUCAAGACCUCUAUGAACCGUUGCAUUCAGUGCACACGGUGCGUGCGGUUCGCCAACGAAGUUGCCGGUGUGGAGGAGCUCGGUACGACUGGACGUGGUAACGACAUGCAGAUUGGCACGUACGUUGCGAAGACGAUGAACUCCGAGCUCUCUGGGAACAUCGUCGACCUUUGCCCUGUCGGAGCGCUCACAAGCAAGCCUUACGCGUUCCAUGCCCGUUCAUGGGAACUCAAGCACACCGACUCUAUCGACGUUCUCGAUGCCGUUGGCUCAAAUAUCCGCGUCGACUCUCGCGGCGUGGUUGUCAUGCGCGUCCAACCCCGCCCGAACGACGACGUCAACGAGGAGUGGAUUAGCGACAAGACCCGCUACGCGCACGACGGUCUCCGCUUCCAACGUCUUACCGUGCCCCUUGUCAAGCAGGGCGACCGCUUCGUGACCGUGUCAUGGGAAGACGCGAUUUCCGCCGUUGCCGACGGUCUCGCUCGCUCUGGUGCCAAGGGCGAUGAAAUCAAGGCCAUUGCCGGCCACCUCGCCGACACCGAGUCGCUUGUUGCCCUCAAGGACUUCGUCAACCGUCUGGGUUCCGACAACACCGCCCUCGAUCACGUCGGCGGCCACGCUGCACCCGUCCACGCAGUGGACGUGCGGUCAAACUACCUCUUCAACGCCACUAUCCCCGGCGUUGAGCAGGCCGACGCCAUCCUUCUCGUCGGCACCAACCCCCGGCAUGAGGCGGCGGUCCUCAACUCGCGUAUUCGCAAGAGCUGGCUGCACACCACGCUCGAGGUCGGGCUGAUCGGCGAGCGGGUGGACACGACUUACGGGUACGACUACCUCGGCGCGGACGCGAAGGCGGUUGCGGACUUUGUCGCGGGCAAGGGCGAGUUUGCGAAGAAGUUCAAGGCGGCGAAGCGCCCCUUGAUCAUCGUCGGCAGCUCGUUGGUGGAGCAUGCGGAUGGUGCUGCCAUCUACAACGCGCUGGCGAAGUACGUCGACGCGAACAAGGAGAAGCUCGUUACCCCCGAGUGGAACGGUUACAGCGUCCUCCAGCGGGUUGCCUCCCGUGCGGCUGCAUAUGAUAUCGGCUUUGUCCCCUCGAAGAAGGCAUCAACAGCCAAGCCCAAGUUCGUCUACCUGCUCAACGCCGACGAGGUCAACCCGAAGGACAUCCCCCAGGAUGCCUUCGUUGUCUACCAGGGCCACCACGGUGACCUUGGUGCUCAGCUCGCCGACGUCGUCCUUCCCGGCUCCGCCUACACUGAGAAGGCCACCACGUGGGUGAACACCGAGGGCCGUGCGCAAGUUGGCCGGGCUGCUGUCCCCCCUCCGGGUGCGUCGCGUGAGGACUGGAAGAUUAUCCGUGCUCUGUCUGAGGUGACCGGGUCGCCGCUACCGUACGACGACAUCCUGAGCUUGCGGGAUCGCAUGUGGGAGAUCUCCCCCACGCUCCUCCGCUACGACACCCUCGAGCCGACGUCCACGGACGUUGCCCUCGCCGGCCUCAAGACCCUCGCCGCAGGCACCGCCGGCGCGAAGGUCUCCGGCGCGCCCCUGAAGAAGCCCAUCGACAACUUCUACCAGACGGACCCCAUCUCACGAGCUUCGGUCACAAUGGCACAGUGCACGCGUGCCUUCGUGAAGGGCGAGGACUAUGGUUUCAGCGAGCUGGCGAGUGCUGAGGAGGCUGCGUUUGCAUGAUGUCUUUUUUAGAUCAUGGAAUGAUAAAGCCACGCUAUUUCUUUAAC